UCCACGCUUCCCAAUUCUUCAAUUCCUGCAAUAAAAAAAAAGGCAAACACUUCUCUCACGUCAACCAUCUUCCCCAUCCCACAUCUCGGCUUCGAUCUUUCCAAUUACUUAGUUUCUUUAUAAAUCGCAAGAGAAAUCCCCUCUCCCUUUCAAUUCCCAACCUUCUAAAAUACCAAACCCAAGUAGAAAGAUAUGGAGGCUAACAAUUCUCAAGUCAACCAACGUAUUGCAACGAUCGCAGCCCAUCUCAACCCUUCCAAUAUUUCCCGGACGGAGGAUCGUGUGGGUUUGGAGCGAGGCAUCUGCCGAGCCAAAGGUGGAUCAGCUGGGUUCAAGGUGGCUAUUUUGGGAGCAGCCGGGGGAAUAGGACAGCCUUUAGCAAUGUUGAUGAAGAUGAACCCUUUGGUCUCUGUUCUUCAUCUUUAUGAUGUGGUUAAUACCCCUGGUGUCACUUCUGAUAUUAGCCACAUGGACACUGGAGCUGUGGUACGUGGGUUUCUGGGGCAACAGCAAUUGGAGGAAGCUCUAACAGGAAUGGACCUUGUAAUUAUUCCGGCUGGAGUUCCUAGGAAACCUGGAAUGACAAGAGAUGAUCUUUUCAACAUCAAUGCUGGAAUUGUUAAGACUCUUUGUGAAGGAAUAGCAAAGUGUUGUCCCAAAGCGAUUGUCAAUUUGAUUAGUAAUCCUGUUAAUUCCACAGUGCCGAUUGCUGCCGAAGUUUUUAAAAAAGCUGGCACCUUUAAUCCAAAGCGACUUCUGGGGGUCACAAUGCUUGAUGUUGUCAGAGCAAAUACUUUUGUGGCGGAAGUCUUGGGUCUGGAUCCACGGGAAGUUGAUGUUCCGGUUGUUGGGGGACAUGCAGGGGUUACUAUUUUACCUCUUUUAUCUCAGGUUAAACCUCCAUGCUCUUUUACCCCAAAAGAAAUUGAUUAUCUGACUGAUCGUAUUCAGAAUGGAGGUACAGAGGUCGUUGAGGCAAAGGCUGGUUCUGGAUCUGCAACACUAUCAAUGGCAUAUGCUGCUGUUAAAUUUGCUGAUGCAUGUCUCAGAGGCUUAAGAGGAGAUGCUGGAAUUGUGGAAUGUGCAUAUGUGGCAUCUCAUGUAACUGAAUUACCCUUCUUUGCAUCCAAGGUAAGAAUUGGUCGUACUGGAGUUGAGGAAAUAUACCCUCUCGGCCCACUCAACGAGUAUGAGAGGGUUGGCUUGGAGAAGGCAAAGAAAGAACUUGCAGCUAGCAUUCAAAAGGGGAUUUCAUUUGUUAACAAGUAAAAAUGGGGGUAGCUGAUAGCUUGGUUUCCCCUAAGAAACGCUAUUUAUAUGAGUUUGUAGGAAUAAGAAAGUAAAACCCCUUUGCUAUGGUUUCCUAGAUGUGAACCAACAUGGAAAAA